AUGGACCUACCUGAUUAUAACCCACAGCAGCCACUUGUCCACAACCCUGGCAAAUACCCAGAGGAUCUGUUAAGUUUGGAAGGACCAUCAACAUCUCCGGCAGAACCAAAUGGCCGACCAGAGUCAGAGGAGAGCUGUCCCAUCUGCGGAGACAAAGUGUCAGGAUACCACUAUGGACUGCUCACUUGUGAAAGCUGCAAGGGCUUCUUUAAACGCUCAGUGCAGAAUAACAAGUAUUACACCUGUGUCGAACAACAGAGCUGCCCCAUGAACCUUUCGCAGAGGAAACGCUGUCCUUACUGCCGCUUCCAAAAGUGUUUGGCAGUGGGCAUGAAGAGAGAAGCAGUGAGAGCAGAUCGUAUGAGAGGUGGCAGGAAUAAAUUUGGCCCUCUGUACCGGCGUGACAGGCAGAUGAAACAGCAAAAGGUGUAUCACCACCCGCACAAUGCUCCCUACAGGAUAAAGAUGGAAACUACUCAAACGCAACGGCCCACAGCUCCACAUGACCCUCACCUAAUGAGAAGUCACGCAACUGCUCCGUUGUCUUUCGAUGCUCUACAUCAUUCCCACAUGUAUCCCUCUGGCGUGGGGCACCCGGGUGCUCCCAUGCCUCUGGACUGCGAUAUGAACACAGACAGGGGGCUUACUCCUCUCUCGCUGCCCUACUCUGGACUGUACCACCGCACCUUCCCCGGAUACCUCCAGGAGAAAGGAGAAAUGCCCUAUAGCUACAGCCCGGAACCAACAAACUAUGUGUACCCCAUUUUGGACAAUUCCUUCACACCGAGAAGCACACUAGCAUCGUCCCCCUGCUCAACACCAAGCUCCUCCACCCGUUUCUCACAGGCUUCCACCCAAAUCCCAGACACCCCCUCCUCUGCCUCUCUUAAACCCAACUUCCUCAAUCAACUCCUGGAGGGGGAGCAGGAUGAGAGCCAGCUGUGUGCUAAGGUCCUCGCCAGUCUGCAGAGAGAGCAGGCCAACCGGGGCAAGCACGACCGCCUCAAUACAUUUAGCAUCAUGUGCAAAAUGGCAGACCAGACGCUGUUUGGGCUUGUGGAGUGGGCUAGGAAUAGUGCACUCUUCAAGGAGCUCAAGGUGGAGGACCAGAUGGUGCUGCUGCAGAGCUGCUGGAGUGAGCUGCUGGUCCUGGAUCAUCUCUGUAGACAGGUAACCUACAGCAAAGAGGGCUGCAUAUAUCUGGUCACAGGACAACAGAUUGAGAUGUUGACCAUCAUCUCUCAGGCCGGAGUGACACUGAGCAGCCUGGUAUCGAGGACCCAGGACUUAGUGUCCAAACUGAAGGCCUUCCAGUUUGACAGACAUGAGUUUGUCUGUCUCAAACACUUAGUGCUCUUCAACCCUGAUGUGAAGUCAGUGCAGAGCCGCAAGCAGGUGGAGCAGACACAAGAGAGGGUGAACAGGGCCCUGAUGGAGCACACCCAACAGAGUCAUCCAAGACACUCAGACAAGUUUGGCCAGCUGUUGCUACGACUUCCUGAAGUACGCAGCAUCAGCUUGCAGGUUGAGGAGUAUUUGUACCAGCGCCAUCUUCUGGGAGAUUUGCCAUGCAACUCUCUGCUCACCGAGAUGCUGCACACCAAGCGCAGCUGA